GACGCGAGAUUUCUCUUCGAGGUCGCAGCUUAGGGAAUGCCGGGAAGGACGACCACGGUGAUGCGUGUAGAAGAGCAAUUCGUAAGCACAGGAUACACUGUGACAGUACUUCUCCGAGCGUACAUAGACGAGGACUUGACGGCGAUUGUAUGCAGACAACGAGCUAGGGAUUUGAUCCACGAACGUAGAGCUGAUGUACUGGCAAGAGUGACCUUCCAAACCUCGAUAUCCUAUGAUGUGAUGAUAUGGUCUCAUGGUUAUAUGCGCGCGGAGCACUACCACGAUGAGACGGUAGCGGAGGCUAGAGCGAGGGUGCGAGGAGGAGAUCGGGACUGGGAACGACAAGAUGGGUCGCGCGGACGGUUUGAGCGUGGGGAAGAUGCGAGAGAGCAGCGCGACGAAUCGCCGGGGUGGUACGACCGAGGGGACCGACGCGAUGAGUCACGAGGACGAUAUGACUCGGGGGACCGCCGGAAUGAUUCGCGAGGGCGGUAUGAGCAAGGAGGGUUUGGAGGAGACCGGCGCAACGAUCCGCGCGGUCGGAAUGAGAGAGGGGGAUAUGGCGUCUCAUCAGAACCAUAUCCCAAGUCGCCUGACCCCAAGGCGGACAGGAGUUCGAUCUCUAGAGGCGCAGACGACAGGGCAUCUACUCCGAGGAACUCAUGCGUCUACUGUAGAGGGGAAGAUCAUAUCAAGAGGGAUUGCCCGGACCUUAAACGGACAAUAGAAGAGGGACUUGUCGUGCUUGACGACCGCAAGUACGUAAAGUGGGCAGAUGAUCUCGGAGAUGUAUCGAUGUUCCCUUCGAUGAAGGAGAAUGUCGAAGCAAGGAGAAUAAAGACGAGUAAAGGAAUGGAGCCGGUCAGGAGCCAGAGCAUCAAGAUAACCUUUGAGGGGGACAUGGCGACSACACCMAUAAGGGUGGCAGCCACCAAGUCGGCGAGAGGGUCUACAUCGAAGAAAACUGACACGGAUUACGUGAUGGCGGAGAAGGACGGGCAGCGGGUCGAUGGAGAGGAGGUUAUCCUUUCGCCGCGAAAGCGGGGAGGUAAUAAGUUCUUAAUGAAGAGCUCGCUGGACGAGAUUGACACGGUCGAGCUAUUGAGGCGGGCCCUUCGGCAACCCAUGCAGUGCUCUAUUCUGGAGUACCUGGCAGCAUCGAAGGCGGCUCGUGAUGAGUUACAGAUGAUCACGCGGAAGACUCGCAUACCACUAUCGGAGGAGGGUCACGCCCCUAAGGCGGAAGCUUCUACAGUGACAGUAACGGGGGUGACUGCCAGAGCGGAUCGGAUGGCGACGGUCCUUCUCGAUGGAAUGGAAGGUGUGCCUCCAGACAAGUUUUAUAUACUUGGUAGCGGGGCCGUGGAGACGAUUAUAAACGAGGAAGCGGUACUCGAUGUCGUGAUUGAUAACGGCAGUGAGGCUGUCAUCAUAGACGAGGACCUGGCGGUACAAGUUGGACUGAGCCUCGAUAGGUCAUACCUAUUCGAGAUAGAGACGGCUGAUGGGAGAAAGCAACAGAUCACUGGGGUUUGUCACAAGGUCCCGGCUGUGGCCCGGCGUGACUUGGAGGGAUGUUUGAAUUCGGGUGCUAGGACCAAGUUAGGGCCUCAUAUUCGGAUGGAAGAGGUACUUGAGUGGAAGGAGGCGGUGGAGGGGUUGGUCUGUGUCCCAAUUGACCACAACCCGGGCGAUACCCUGGUCUGCUGUCCGGUAAUGUAUGAGAUAGGGUUGAAGAAGCUGUUCUUAGCUAACGAUGGUUUCGAGGUGAUGGAGGAUAAUGAAACCUCAAUUAUUGGAAGAACGGAGGAUGCUUACGAGGAGAAGGGACUGACCGCGCUUGCCAAGUGGGAUGUUAAAGACAGGAGGUUGGUCCAUGGUAUUAGGCUUAUUGAUGAUGUGACGAUCUUCUUGAAAUUUAAGAAGGGUGACUUGAUUGUCCCCGCUCAGAAUGUUCCUCUUGUGACGAUGCCUGCUGUCGGAAAUAAUGUCGUGGGCCACGGCGGAUAUGGUUAUGGCUAUGGACGGGGACUACGUCCCCGCGUGGAGACUUUGGAGGCUACUGUCGCUUCCUUGAAGGCCGAGAAGGAUGCUGAAGCGGCACGAGAACAAGCAAAGAAGCAGGAAGAGGAACGGUUGAAGAAAGAACAAGAAGAAGAGAAGCUGGGGUUACAGGAAAAGAAAGAACGUGAGGAGUUUUACUCGCAAAUUCACAGUCAAAUUGGAAGGCUAAAGCUGAAAGAGCGAGUCGAACACCAAGAACAUGAGAUUGAGCUUCUGAAGGAGUGGAGAUUACGAGAACUUAACAGUCGUCGAUUGGUUGAGCAGGAAGUGGAUCGCCUGAGAGAGAAGAUGGCGAGAAUGGAUGUGGAAAAAUGGACUCCAACGGCCUCUAAUUUGAAAGCACGUUUGGAUCGGGUGGCCGCUGGGACAAGCGAUAAAGGUAAGCGUCCGUUGACACCGGCUGCACAAGCGGUAGCUGCGAAUGAUCGGGAUGCCUUCUUGAUGGAAACGAAGAAGGUGCUUCGACCUAUGAAAAAGGAUGAGAUCACUGUGUUGUGCGCCAAAGAGGGCGUGACUUACACCACGCUGGAUAAGACUAAGGAGGAGAUUGCUAUUAAACGUGUUGAUGCUGCUAUCGAUAAGAUCCAGGUGGGUGCAGUAAAAACGGGCGGCGUGGUUAUACACGAUGUCACCGACGAUGCCGGUCCGGGGAAAAUCGUAGCUAAUGGGGGGAGAGAUGGAUUUGGUGGGGGAGCUAUAACAUCGAGCGGAAUAAUGAUUGCCACACUAGAGGAGGGAUGCAAGCAACUACAAACAAUGGUGGGGGUGCUUAUGCUGCGGCAGCGGGAAGGGGUGGAGAUCAAUGGGGGGGCGAUCUCGAUGGAUCAGUGGUUGGAAGACAUGACUCUGGAAAUGCUAAACAUCAUGUGGGAGCUGGAGGAGGGGCCGGAUCCCCGGCUCGAUCUCUACAUCGUAACAUCGACUGGAGGUGGGCGGAUGAUAGGAUGGGUGCUUGCAAAACCCUCUUUACACAGGGGCGCGAUCUAUACAAUCAGCUGGAGAAUUGACAGCGAGGUGGUGAGAUGGGUGAGAUGGGUGACAAGGGUGACAUGGAUGACGGGUUGGAGGGUAGUUUGGAGGGCGAAGAUGAUUGCGGCGACAACACCAACAAUACCAAUAACAUCAAUUACAGCAGCAUCAAGGAUAGUGACAAACUUGCGUGCGACAGUAAAAAUGGGUGCGACAACAACAACACCAACAAUGAUAACAGUGGCGAUAACACAAACAACAACAACAACGGGCGAAAACAUUAACAACAACAUUAACAACAACAAUAACAACAACAACAACAACACCAACGAUAAUACCAACAUUAAUGAUAACGACGACGGCAGUGACGACUAUGGAAACAACGGGGUUGACAGCGGUGUCUGUGCAGAUGCGAUCAUCUUCGACAUGAUGGGGGAGAUGCCGCAAGCGGACGUAGGGGAGAUUGGGGUUGGUACGGAAAAACGAUUUGCCAUCUCCCCCCUUCUCAACGAUAGUGACUACGACAACAACAACAACAACAACAAUAACAACGAGGAUGACGACGACGGCGACGACGACCAAGGGAGCAACGAGGUAGGAAGCAGCAUUUGUGCAUCUGAGAUUAUCAUCAGCGCGAUGAUAGUGAUGCUGCAAGCGGACGUGGUGGGAUAUGGGGUUGAUACAGAGAAGUGGUCUACUGCUUUCCCCCCUUCCAACCUCGAUACGAAAUUCCUCCUCGUGGUUUGGCAGAGGAUAGGAGUAGGACAGUUGGUGGUGAUUGAUGUUGCCCGAUCUGCAAUACCAAUCAUCAAUGAGGGGUUGAUCGUCCCGUUGGUUGGCUUUAGGGAUUAGUUAGCAAGAGGUCAAUCCUUCCCUGCGCAGGAAAGUAAUCAAUGCCCCAUGCCAGU